UACAACGUCCUACAGUUGUACCAAGACAUCGAUAUCUUGCAAUGGUUUAAAGAGACUGGAGAAAGGGACUUCCCUUCGGUUGCUCUCCUCGCCCGAAUCUAUCUCGGUAAGCCCAUGUCCACUGCACCGCAGGAGAGAUUCUUCAGUAUAGCUGGAUACAUCGUUAACGAUCUCCGCACGAGCCUUGACGACAAACGCGCAGAGAUGCUGUGCUUUAUGAAAGCAAACUGGAAGGAG